AUGGAUACAUCGGGUCGGAAUAUGCUUAGGAUGUUGAUCAGAGUGUUGACAGAAAGAAUGUUCAAAUAUCUUCGGAAAUGGUUUGUUGCUCACUUUUUGGGGCAUUCUCGGCAAAGAGCAAGGCUUGUCUCCAAAGAUGGAAGAUGCAACAUAGAGUUUGGCAAUGUGGAGGCCCAGUCAAGGUUUAUAUUCUUUGUGGACAUCUGGACAACUGUGCUUGACCUCAAAUGGAGAUACAAAAUGACCAUCUUCAUUUCAACCUUCUUGGGGAGUUGGUUCUUCUUUGGUCUUCUGUGGUAUGCGGUAGCCUACAUCCACAAAGAUCUCCCUGAGUUCCAUCCUUCUGUCAACCACACCCCUUGUGUGGAGAACAUUAAUGGCUUGACCUCAGCUUUUCUGUUUUCUCUGGAAACACAAGUGACCAUUGGAUAUGGAUUCAGGUGUGUGACAGAACAAUGUGGCACUGCCAUUUUUCUUCUUAUCUUCCAGUCUAUACUUGGAGUCAUCAUCAAUUCUUUCAUGUGUGGUGCCAUUCUAGCCAAGAUCUCCAGACCCAAAAAACGUGCCAAGACCAUUACAUUCAGCAAGAACGCAGUGAUCAGUAAGCGGGGCGGGAAGCUUUGUCUCCUAAUCCGAGUGGUUAAUCUUAGGAAGAGCCUCCUUAUUGGGAGUCACAUAUAUGGGAAGCUCCUGAGGACCACAGUCACUCCUGAAGGAGAGACUAUUAUUUUGGACCAGAUCAAUAUCAACUUUGUAGUUGAUGCAGGGAAUGAAAAUUUAUUCUUCAUCUCCCCAUUGACAAUUUACCAUGUCAUUGAUCAAAACAGCCCCUUCUUCCACAUGGCAGCAGAAACCCUUCCCCAGCAAGACUUUGAAUUAGUAGUGUUUUUAGAUGGCACAGUGGAAUCAACCAGUGCCACCUGCCAAGUCCGAACAUCCUAUGUCCCAGAAGAGGUGCUCUGGGGCUACCGUUUUGCUCCCAUGGUAUCCAAGACUAAGGAAGGGAAAUACCGAGUGGAUUUCCAUAACUUUAGUAAGACUGUGGAAGUGGAGACCCCUCACUGUGCCUUGUGCCUUUAUAAUGAGAAAGACGCUAGAGCCAGGAUGAAGAGAGGCUAUGACAAUCCCAACUUCAACUUGUCAGAAGUCAAUGAAACAGAUGACACCAAAAUGUGA